AUGGACAUACGCGCGACGAGAAGACUAAAUGGACAACCAUCUCGGGCGCGGAUCGCAUGCCUCCACUGUCGAUCACGUAAAGUGAGAUGUACCCUUGCCAUCAAAGGACCUCCAUGUACGAACUGUCAUUUGGAUGGGCUGGAAUGUGUUACUCGUCCCAAGCUUCGCAAGAAACUGCGAGGGUCGAUUCAUACUUCCCUGGCGGAGGAGGUCAUUCCAUCAACACCGUUACGAGAGAUUGAACCACAACGGUAUGAAGCUUGCGAGGUCGCAGAGGUCCAAGAUGAGGCCCAGCGAAUCUGUGAUCUCAAUGGUAUGAACAUUUUCGGACACCGAAGCACAGCCUCUGGCAGCCAUGAAGCUCUUAUUGAAGCCGCCCUCAGCGUGAACUCUUACUAUGAUCGCCCUGUACCCAAUCGUGAUGUCUCUUUCUCCUACUAUCCCUAUUUACGAGCGCCCAAUCUCCAGCGCAUACAACCAGCCGAUCGAUCCUUCCUGGAAUCCCAGAAAAGUUUACACGUCCCUUCCGAGUCGAUGAUUGACGCCGUAAUGUCGCGCUACUUCCUAUACGUCCAUCCAUGUUUACCAGUCAUAAAUGAGGCGGAGUUCUGGCAGAUGCUCAACCAAGAAGCGACGGGAAAGUUGUCUUUCUCACUACUCGUGUUUCAAGCAAUGAUGUUUGCUGCUUGCAGUUAUAUCUCGUUGGACGAUGCGAAGAAAUGGGGUGCCGAGUCGAUUUUGGAGAUGCGCAAUUCAUUUUAUCGCCGUGCCAAGCUUCUUUACGAUUUCGGCGUCGAGGAUGAUCACCUGUGCAUCGCUCAAGCCUUGACCCUACUGACGUACCAAAGCUCGGCAACUGACCACCUGAGUAACAGCACUUGGCUUGGACUUGCUAUUCAGCAUGCUCAUCUUGUAAACGCUCAUCUCUACCAUCGCUGUCCCACCGGAGCUAGAUACAAGAGAUCUGAUCUUAAGCGUUUAUGGUGGUGUCUUAUCAUCCGUGACAGGAUCAUCUCUCUAGGCAUGCGAAGGCCGCUCCAGAUUCUCCCAGCACAUUUUGACGUCAUGUCAAGAGAUCCAUUGCUAACGGAGGAUUUAUCUGAUGAGAUCAAAACGUCUCGCGUCUACGACCCUGAGACGAAAGAAACGCUUUGCAAGAUUAUGACUAGCUUGUGUCGACUUGCUGCCUCAAUGACAAGUCUCAUAAUGACUCUUUAUCCUCUGGAUCCAUUUCCAGAUUGUCAGGGAAUCCAGUCUACUGAAAUAGCUUCAAUCGAUGACAUUCAGUCACGAAUUCAGUAUUGGGCAGCUGCACACAUGCUACGGCCGUCCUCCGAAGAUUCUGACAGCCAUUCGUCCGUUGCUUUCUUCAAGCAGCUAACAGCCUUGUACUUUGAAUCCGCUCGCUUGGCGCUCUAUCAGUAUAUUUCCUUCCGAAUACAUCGAAAUCAGCGGCCAGACGAUUGGCCAGACCUAAUGGAUGCAGUCACAGCCAUCCACGACGUGGUGAAACGUUUCGUGGUCGACGGCACAGCUAGUCAUCUACCAAUCAGCGCCGUUGCAUACACAGCCCUACCACAGAUGGUGCUGAACUUGAACCUUCGACUUUCCAGUGACACGACGACUCGUCGACGCCAAGAGAAUGUUAUGAGUAUCUAUAUGGAAUUAAAUCGACAAUAUGUCUUGCGUUACGACGUCUCACACGUCAGCACCUGGGUGAACCGAAUCGUCCGGCUUUUCGAAUUAUCUCUAUCGCCCAUCAAACCACAACUGGCCGACCUCACUCGACGGCAGAGGUUGUUCCCCGGGAAGGAUUGCUUGUAUUUACUUGAAAUCGAGCCUGAGUUGUAUUUCAAGAUUUCUGGAAUGAUGGAUGAAUCGAUGGCGACUGGUCAGUUGGCUUUUGAGUAUUCGGGAUCACAGUUGGGGUUUCCCUCCACGGACGUAUCUUUGUCACUUUUGCGCAAAGAAUAUUCGGACUCUCAUAUGACAAAUUCUCCGCAGUAUCUUCAGUCCGGACAGAUCUUGCCUCUUGAUGAAGAUACCAUGGAUGGGGAAGAUCAGGAAUCGUAUACGGUGGAUCUCACUUCGAUUGAGCUUCUUUCACGGGGAUUAGGGCUAUUUGGAGAAUAG